CACACACGUUGACGCGUAGCUGGCAAAAAUCAAUUACAAUUUCUUACACAUAGAGACCAGCUAAAUUUUUUCGCUGUAGAUUAUUUAAACAAACUUGCUGCAUUUGGCAAAUAAAAGUUAACGUCAAAAUGGGCAGCAAAUUCUUGAAUAAAUUACUGCUAAUUGCGGGCUUUGCUAGCUUGGCGCAUGCCGCUUUCUCCGCCGCACAUCAUCGCACCUAUUUGCGGCUGACAGAGCAGGAGUGGAGCACUCUGCCGUUAGAUAUUAUACUGCAAACGGUCAUCAGCUUGGUGCUGGUCAUUUACAAUAUUAUCCAAAUUGUGGGCAACUUUAAGGAGAUACGCGCCACGGUGGAUAUGCAGCAGAGAACCUGGGAUACGCUGGGAAACUUUCCAUCAUUUUAUAUGUUCAAUCAUCGCGGUCGCGCUCUAAGUCCCGGCUACAAGCCGCCGGAGCUGAAUGAGGACGAGUAGCUACAUCAACUAUAUAUCCAUUUAAAGCCGGUUUACAAAAUGUCUAGUUUAAUGCAGUUAGUUGAUAAAUUAUGCUAAAC